UGUAGUACAAACUUGUAAAGAGGGCCUCUCAUCCUCCCUUGAUCUCCCAUUAAACCCCCAUCAAAGCCAAUUACAAAACAAAAUAAACCAACCCCUCAACUACCUCUCAACCCCUCACUCUACCUCUCAACCCUAAUUUCCAAAUUUUUUUAUUUUAUUUUUAAAUUCUCCCUUGCUCCCUCUUUCCCUGUCCCUCCUUUUCCCCCGGUAAAAAGAGAAACAAAAAGCUGAGGACCUCCCCAAACUUUGCAAACAUGCAAAUUCACCACCACCACCACCACCAAAGCCUAAACUUUAAGCAUCCAAAAUCCCCCUCUUCUCUCUAUCCACCCAUCCAUCUUCCCCACCAACAAAAAUAGUAACAAACCCAAAACAAAAAACAAAAAAGAAUCCAUUCUUUCUCCAUUUUCAACCCCAUUUCCCCCCAAAAUCCAAUCUUUCCCCAUACCCACUUCACAAAAUCUCCCUUUUCUCCAAACCCAAAUCCCAAUUCCGGCAAAGCCAAGCAAAGAAAGAGAAUCAAUCACAAAGUUGAAGCUUCCCACCUUCAAUGUGGCGACCGUGGGGCAAAUCAACGGUUCGAAUUCACAGCGCGUCUUCAUCACCCUCUUCCACAUUCUCUUGUUCUUCCUUCAAAGACAUUCAGACCCUUUGCCUCGACGAACCCCCCCAACACCACCACCACCAACUACCCUCUCCUUCCCCCACUAGAAAAGCCUCCGUUUUCCACCGAGUCCGACUCGCCAACUCGCUCCUCCGAACCUGGUCAACUCACCUCCACCCCCAACCUCCCAAACUCCCCCGAACCCUCUCCCACCCCGAUCCCCCCGAAUCCGAACCUGAUGUUGUUGUUUCAAAACCCGAACCUGAUGUUGUUGUCUCAAAACCCGAACAACAACAACAACCUGCGAUUUAUUAUUUCCCAGGCGCGGAACAGCGCGUGGUGGUGUACUACACGAGCCUGCGCGUGGUGAGGCCCACGUUCGAGGCGUGCAAGAGCGUGCUCUCCAUCCUACGCGGCUUCCGCGUCCAAAUCGACGAGCGUGACGUGUCCAUGGACUCGGGCUUCACCGCCGAACUCAACCGCAUCAUGGGCCGCCCCGAGCUCGGCCCAGGCCCAUCCCUGCCGCGCGUGUUCAUCGCUGGCAGGUACGUUGGUGGGGCCGAGGAGCUGCGACAGCUCAACGAGGUCGGCGAGCUUAAGAAGAUCCUCCUGGACCUGCCCGCAGUGGAUCCCACCGCUGAGUGCCACGUGUGCGCGGGUCACAGGUUCGUUCUGUGCGACGAGUGUAACGGUAGCAGGAAGGUCUACACCGAAAAGACCGGCUUCAAAACGUGUAACGCGUGCAAUGAAAACGGUCUCGUUAAGUGCCCCUCUUGUUUUCCUUCUACUUCUCCACCACCCAUUUUAUCAUCAACAACAUCCAAAUUUAACAAUGAAAUCCAAAAUUGAAACCAUUUUCCUCUUCUUUUUUUAUAAAUUAAAUUGUUUAGGUUUUAUUUUUGGAUAAUGAGUUUUGUAGCUUUUUGGGCGUGUGAGAAUGAUAUGUAUAGGCCCAUCUGGAAGGGUAAUAUUUUGAAGAUUAUAUAUCUUAAUUUAACUAACUUGUUUUUUUUUUUGUUGUUUUCCUUUUACUCAAUCACAUUGUACUCUUCUCUUGAAACAAAAAGUUGUGUAUAUUUUAAUUUUGAUUUAA